UGCUCAUGAAAGACUAAUGCCAGACCUUACGCAUCACUCAAGAGACAUUACUACUACUAGAUACUGCAUUGGCUAAGUAAAGAGGUUGCCAGGUCGCGCCGUUGCUUGAUGAGAUUUAAACAUCUACAUACAGUAAAUGGUGGUCGUCUGGCUUGCUUAUCUUUGAAUUCUGUUUACCUCUCGAAACCGAAGGAGUGAAUUAAAGACGCGACUAUGCUGAAUUUUUUUAUGCGAGAACUAUUGCUUUUCGUAGUAUUUUUCAUACAACUUUCCGCUUCAGAAGACUGCGGUGCGCCGAAGGAUUAUCCCAACGCGCUGCCUCGGAAUCCAAAUACAAUGUCAAAAUACGGCUCUGGCGGUCGUUUGUACUACACUUGUUCGUUGGGUUACAGGCGUACCCGUGGCCUCCCUUUUGUUCGCUGUGUGGAGGGACAGUGGACGCAACUGAAUAUGAAAUGCGAACGAAAGCCAUGCGGGUCUGCAGGUGAAAUAUCAAAUGGGCAUUUUGAUUACAUGGGCCAAGAGGCUUUGUUUGGAGAUCAGGUCGUUGCUGUGUGCAAUAAAGGAUAUCGUCUAAAAGGAAACCGGUACAGACUGUGUCAGGAUUCUGGCUGGAAUGGGGGGAUUCCUUCUUGUGAAGAAGGUGCUGAAAUCACCUGCCCCAAUCCAUCUGUGGCCCAUGGUGUGAAGAUCAAAGGAGAAGCUUCAGUGUACAACAGAGGAAACAAUGUGACCUUCAGCUGCACUGCUGGAUUCACUUUGAGGGGGUCCCAGGAAAUCACCUGUGGCCCGGAUGGCCAAUGGCACCCCAAAACCCCAGAAUGUUUGUCCUCCAGUGUGAAUGUUGACCUUGCCAAACCACCCACCUUCCCCAGUAUGAAGCCCGCUGAUGAGGAUCUGUCACCAUCAGUUAACGUUGCCAAACCAACCGCCUCCCCCAGAGUGAAUCCCACUGAUGAGGAUCUGUCACCGGGAGAUGCUCUAUCAGACGGAUGCCGGGCACCACCUUCCUACCCCACUAUGGUCUUAGCUGACCGCUACCUGUUACAGAUAGAUUUUCCGGCAGGUUCUCGAGUGCGCUACACAUGCGGCCCAGGAUACACCAGGGUGAAGGGGAACAUCCUCAUUAGUCGCUGUGAAGGCAAACAGUGGACACCCAUUAAUCUGAAUUGUGAACGGAAAUCGUGUGGAUCUGCAGGGGAAAUCCUGAAUGGCCGUUAUGAAUACUCUGGUGUUUCGUUUGGAGACACGGCUACUGCUGUUUGCAGGGAUGGGUUCAUGAUGAUAGGGCGCAAUUACAGGCAGUGCCUGGACCAAGGCUGGGAUGGAAGAACUCCUGUUUGUGAGGCUGUGAAGUGUGCUCACCCUCCUGAAGUGGUUAAUGCAGAGAGGACAGGUGAACUGGAGGGGCCCUUUGUGUACAGCACUGUCAUUCGCUACCGAUGUCGCCAAGGGCAGCUGAUUGGACGCAGCGAGAUACACUGUACCCAAAAUGGGACAUGGAACGCCCCUCCCCCAGAGUGUAUUGAUGUUACGUGCUCUUCCCCCUCCGUGAAAUUUGGCAGAAAGACCAGUAGACACCUCCAGCACUAUAAGUAUGGAGAUUACGUGUCUUUCCAAUGCAAUGAAGGCUAUCGUCUGAAUGGAGAAAGCAAGGUCAUGUGUGGAAGGACAGGUCAAUGGACUCCCCAACUCCCAGGCUGCGGUGCUGUCACUUGUCCCCAUCCAAAUAUUACGUCUGCAAUCGUAAGAGGAAAGGUCACACAAUUUAAGUAUAGAAAAUCUAUGUUUAUAACCUGCAAACCAGGUUAUAGAGUGCGAGGACAAAAGCAAAUCACGUGUGGACCUACAGGCCAGUGGAUUCCUGUCCUUCCAGAGUGUUACAGAAUUGGCUCUCUAUACCAACAAAAUUAUUAUCAUUCAAGAAAAUAAAUGGUGGAAAAGAAGUAAGCGUUCAGUGUCCUGUCGUCUGGACAUUGGCAUCCUGAUGUUCCUACCUGUGUGUGGUAGACACUGAAAAAUACCUGUGCUCCAUCCUGUAAAUGUCAGGAAUAUGAGACAAAAUGUCACAAGAUUCAAUACAAAAAAUAUACUAAAGUAAUAUAAUAAUAAUGCUGUUGCUUACUGCUUACACACACUCACACACACACACACACACAGAUCAUCAAAACGACUGAAUGAACAUAAAUCUAACCAAAUCAGCCUUCUAUUUUUGUUUUAUUACAAUCUUGAAUUGAUGUCUUUUCUUGUUUCCUUGCACUGUAAUAAAACCUUAAAUAUUAA